CUGGCGCUGCUGCCUUAGGCUUCAAGACACUGCUAUCGGCAGCGGCGCAGAGAAGAAGCAGCCGGCGGCAACGAAUGCUGCUGCGGCAGCGCGGCGCCAGCCCCGUCGGCUGCGAGGACGGCGAGCAGGCGGAGGGCGGUGAGGGCGAGCCCAACCUGAAGCGCCGGCUGAUGUCGGCUGUGUCGCCGCCGGCGCCCGCCGUUGCGGGAGAGGCAGGAGAGGCGGCCGGCGCGGGUGGAGGCUCCGGAGGCAGCGCCAAGGGUGAGGGAGACCCGGCACAGCAAGAAGCAGGCGGCCAGGGGGUGGCGGCGAGCGGCGGUACUGCUGCCGCUGCCGCUGCUGAUGCGAAGGAGGGCAAGGAGCAGGCCAGCAGCAAGGAGACGGCGCCGGCCGCGGCCGCGGCCGGCGCUGGCAAAGACGGCAGCGGGACUGCUGGCGGAAAGGAGAAGGAGGCCGCAAGCGGAGGCAAUGAGGGCGUGCUAACGGUGCUGACGCGCUCCGCCUCCGCCUCCUCUCCAUGCGGUGCCGUGGCAGCGGCCUCGCCCCGCACCACCUCGGGAGCCGCGCCGCGCGGCUCCGCGGGUGCCGGCUCUCCUCGGCAGCCGGCAGCUUGGACGGACGACGGCAAGCUCAAGUCCAUUGGCGGCGUACUGCUGGAGUGGGCGCGCUACAUGCCGCUGGUGACUGCCACGCGUAAGGGCGCGGAGGUGGCGCCGGCGGAGUCGGUGCUGGCGCUGGCGCGGCGGGCGGCGCGCGGAGAGCUGAUGGGUGGGCUGGCGGGUGGGCACACACGGUGGCAGCCGGGGACGACACGGGUAUCGUGUCUGUGUACGACGUCGCCCGGCCGGGCGGUGCCGCGGUGUGGUGGCGGGCUUGAGGUGCCGGCGGCGGCUAGGUCGCCCCUGCACGGCAGCGCUGACGCGAAGCCGUAUGGGAUGAAGGUGAGCCCCGAUGGCGAGUGGAUGGCAACGUGCGGAGGCAGCAACAACGUCAGCAUCCACAGCACCCGCACACGUGGGGGCUGGUCGCCGCUAUUCCACUGACGGGUCACGGCGGAGGCGGAGCCGUGUCCUCCGUGGCUUGGAGCCCGGAUGGCCGCUGGCUGCUGGCGGCCGGCGGCACUGCAGAUGAGCUGCGGGUACUGGGUGUGAGUGUGUGGCUGUGUGGCCAGUGAGCAGGCGGCUGGCGGGGCCCCUUACUUGUGUGCGUGUGAGUAGACGUGGUGCUCGGGCACUACAGAGGGAAGACGCAUACAGUACAUGCAGGUGCAAUGAGCGGGGGUGUACACGGUGUGGCCGGUGGUAGCGUGCGUGUAGUAAUGGCUCCCGGGUUGCCGUAUGGGAGCACUGAGACAUUUGCACUGAGAAAUGUACGGCUGGACCUUUUGAGCGGCGCCAUACGCAUUGCGUUCGCGGAUGGACUGCAAACCUUCAAGAUGUGCACUGGGGGGACAUGGGUAUUGCUCCGAACUGUGUUGUACAAUGUGCGGGACUGCGAGUGGCCGCUGAUCUGCCCGCUGACAUGAUACGGUAGUUAGUUGUGGGAUAGCGCUGCCUCUAAGGUGAGCCUAUAGGUCUGGGCUCCCUGAAUUUCGGUUCGUA